CGAUCAGUUUCUCCUCUCGAGGUCGCAGUCCAGCGAGCCCUUUUAUUUGGUUCUAUUGGCCCAGAGAAUUUCCCCUCUCUUGGAUGUCGUUCAUGGUGUAGACCAUAAUUAUGGCCCUGUGCCUCCCCGCUCGUUCUGUGCCUCUUCGCCGGAACUUUGCUGCCUCUCCCAAGGCUGGUGUGUUAGAUAUGGUGGCCUUGAGAACGACUGGUCAACGUAAGACCGGUGCUAGGAACUUCUCCAAAUCAUGGCAACAAUGUCAUAACCAGCAGCAACAGGAGAAUCCCGGCCCAAGGGGUUUCUUCGGCUCCCGACUUCGCUUUGCUCUGCGUAACACCAAGGUUGAGUGGUAUCCGAUCCCCGUCGGCCUGGGCAUCGGUCUCCUUGGUCUGCUGCAGUUUUACAAAUAUCAACGGGCGGAGCGUGAACGGAGUGAGAGAGAAGCCGAGGAGGAGUCGUUCGAAUUCAGCAAGCCUCCUCCCCGACACCGAAUCCGACCCAGCGGACCAUGGCAGGUCCAGAUCAUGUCCACUUUGCCGCUCAAGGCGAUUUCUCGUCUCUGGGGUCGCUUCAACGAGAUUGAACUCCCCUACUAUCUUCGCGUGCCCGGUUUCAAACUCUAUUCCUGGGCUUUCGGCGUGAACCUGGACGAAGUGGCCGAACCCGAUCUACAUACUUACCCGAACUUGGCCGCCUUUUUCUACCGCAAGCUGAAACCCGGCGUCCGGCCCUUGGACCCUGACCCGCACGCCAUGCUCUCGCCGUCUGACGGGCGCAUCCUCCAGUUUGGCCUCAUCGAGCGUGGCGAAGUCGAGCAGGUGAAGGGCGUUACCUACAGCCUGGACGCGCUGCUAGGUGCUGCCACGCCAUCGAACGCUGACCAUGCGAAGAAGUUUACCGACCACCAAAAGGAGCAGUCCCCGAAGGACGCCGCCAACAUGCUGGCGGACCAGGAAUUUGCCCAAAUGAACGGCAUCUCGUACACGCUGCCAACGCUUUUCGCCGGUGAUCAAGGCGGCGGUGCCAGGAAGCGGUCAGCAUCUCUGGACGCAUCCACCGAGUCCAAGGCCACCGCGGAGGCUGAGGUGAAAGCCGACCUCGCUCUUGGGGAUGGCACGCCUUGGUAUGCCCCGAAGCCGGCCUCGAACAAUGCUCUCUACUACGUCGUGAUCUACCUGGCCCCUGGCGACUACCAUCGGUUCCAUUCCCCCGUGCCCUGGGUCGUCGAAUCCCGUCGACACUUUGCGGGCGAGCUGUACUCAGUGUCGCCGUAUCUGCAACGCCAUCUUCCGGGUCUUUUCACCCUCAACGAGCGAGUGGUCCUGCUGGGACGCUGGCGUUGGGGAUUCUUCAGUUACACCCCCGUCGGCGCCACUAACGUCGGUUCGAUCAAGGUGAACUUCGACUCCGAGUUGCGCACCAACAGCCUUUCCACCGACACGGCCGCCGAUAUGGCCGCCGCGCUUGCCGCUAAGCGAGGCGAGCAGUACCCCGGUUUCGUCGAGGCGACUUACCUUCACGCCAGCAGGACCCUGGGUGGACACCCGCUGCAGCGAGGUGAAGAAAUGGGCGGAUUCCAGCUCGGUAGCACCAUCGUCCUAGCGUUCGAGGCGCCCAUGGGCACCCGGAAGUCUUUCGAUGCCGGAUGGGACGAAGGAAAGAGAGAGAAGGGCUGGAACUGGAGUAUCGAAAAGGGCCAGACUAUCAAGGUCGGCCAGAAGCUCGGAUAUGUGGAUGUGCAAGACUAAGCAUCAUUUCAGGUGGGAGGUCCUUUUUUUCAUGUUACCAUUUAUCAUACAGGAAGGAGUUGUGAACACGACUUUCAACAAGAUUGUGUGGAACAGGCCUGGAUAGCUCUCCCACAUUUUCUCUGCAAAGGUCUAUUCUAAUUUCUAGGGAUUUUUUUUUUUUUUUCAUUUCUUUAUCUGUUGAUAUUUCUGUUUAUUUUCUGGAGCUAUGUACCAUAAGCAAGCAUCUACUAGCAUGCCACCUCAAGCACAGUUUAGAUUAUAUCCAUAAUUACCUCGAUGAGUCUCGGAAUUAAGUGCUCUGGCUACAAUAAAAUUAAUACUAUAUCUGUUUGAAUAACUGGAUCUUAUCACGGGGAGUAGCAACCAGACUUGCACGUGAUAACGCGGGCGACGAUGAGCUCCGACGCGACAAGCAGAAGCUCCAAGACCCUCCCUCCAACAACCACAUCGAACUGCAAUCCACCAAAAUGAACCGACAUUAAGCUCCCUCUCCAACAAAUCCAACUACAUCCCUUAUCCCAAAAAACAAAACAAAAAGAACCCCAACCACAAUGCCCCGCCAUCCUCACCAGCAGCAACACCAACAACAACAACCCUACCCACACCUCCUCCGCCGCCACCCCGCCCAAGAAACACCCUCAACAUCCACGCCCCCUUCCCUUCCAGGACAAGGACCAGGCCCAGGAUCCCGCCCUACAGCUCCUCCCCGUCCUCGCCCUCAA